AUGUCUCUUACCGCUCCUCUCUUCUCUGACGCUCCAGAGUAUGAAGAACGCAAGCGCCGUGCGUUCAAGGCUCCGACACAGGUGACCAUCUCCCAAGUGCGCGCGGUUGUACCGAGGAAGCUCUUCGAACGUUCAACCUCUACGGGCCUCUACUUCGUUGCUCGAACCAUCGGAUACCCCGUAUUAUUUUGGCUGUUGAGCUCGUACAUCGGCGACAUCGCACACGCAACUCGGACAUACACACGAAGCCCAACACUGGAGUCAUGCGUGCGCGGCCUCCUAUGGGUCAUGUACUGGUGGUGGCAGGGGAUAGCGUUCACAGGAAUCUGGUGUCUCGCUCACGAAGCUGGACAUGAGAGUCUUUCGCCUAAGAAGUGGAUCAAUCACGUUGCCGGUUUUGCGUUGCACUCGUUCGUCUUCGUUCCGUAUUUCUCGUGGCGAUCCGUACACCGCGCACAUCAUAAGGCUACAGGAUCUCUCGAACGCGAUGAGAUCUACGUCCCCCGAAGCCGCUCCCACCUUGGGAUUCCACCCGAGUCGACGAUGAUUCCUGCGGACUACAAAGAUAUAUUCGACGAGACGCCAUUAUAUGUUUUCGGGAAAAUUGUCAUCAUGCAGCUGUUCGGACUUCCGUCGUACCUUAUGUUCAACGUCAAGGGGUCUCUGAAAUACCCGAAAGGGACAAACCACUUCCUCCCGUCCUCCGUCUUCUUCAAGCCCUCAGAGCGGAACCUCAUCAUCGCUUCCGAUGUCGGCCUGGUCGCCAUGGCAUUCGCUUUGCACAUGUUCAAACGGCUCUACGGGUACAAGGCGUUACUGGCCCAUUAUGUCAUUCCCUACCUGUUGUCUAAUCACUGGAUUAUCAUGUUGACAUAUCUGCAACACACGGACCCCACAAUCCCACAUUACCGAGGCAAAACGUGGUCCUUCGUGCGCGGGGCGCUUGCUACCGUAGAUAGGCCAUUCAUGGGAUGGAUAGGAAGGCAUUUUCUGCAUAACGCUUCUCAUGACCAUCUGGCUCAUCAUUUCUUCUCAAAUAUACCCUUCUACAAUCAACCCAACGUGACGGCGCAUCUCAAGGAGCUCCUGAAGGACGAUUAUAAUUACGACACCACCAACUGCUUCAGGGCACUAUACCGAACCUUCACUGAGUGCAGGUUCAUAGAAGAUUCCGGAGAGAUUGUGUUCUACAAAAAUGCCAAAGGAGAGACAGCACGCCAGCUUGCCGAGUAG